UUUUCACACAAACCCGGGUCUGAAAAGCACUUUAAAAUCCUGUUUUACACCCAGAGAGCUGCAGCUAAAUGUUAUCUCUGUUUAAAACAAAAAGAAAAAGAAAGAAAAAAAAAAGAAAAAGAAAAUUUGUCGUAAUUUUUUUUUUUCACCCAAGGACGGUAGGUCCUCGGUGUAGGAGGAGCCAGCGGCGUGUUUCCGCUCAGAGCAGGCCGACAGAGGUAACAGCCGUGCGUAGAAAUUACCGAAGAGUGGCGGAACAGUUGUGCGACACCGAGGGACACUGUCGGGCUACGGUUCGUUUGAUCGCCGGGGAGCUUCGGUUGUCCACGUCGGGGGACGAAGACGAAGAGGAAGGAGAAGGAGUGGCAGCUGGACUGUCAGCAAUGGAAGCCGAGUUUCGGGAAAUCGAUGAAAGCGGGAGCUGGAACGACGUUUACCAGGAGAUUCGUCAGCAGUCACGAGAACUCCCCUGCAAGGUUGCCAAAUUACCCGAAAACAAGACUCGGAAUCGUUACAGAGAUGUUAGCCCAUUUGACCACAGCAGAAUACGUCUGCAGCUGGAUACGAAUGACUACAUUAAUGCCAGCCUAAUAACAGUAGAGGAGGCACAGAGGAACUAUAUCCUCACUCAGGGACCCCUUCCAAAUACAUGUGGCCACUUCUGGGAGAUGGUGUGGGAGCAGAAGACCCGUGGUGUGGUGAUGCUGAACCGAGUCAUAGAGAAAGGAUCUAUUAAAUGUGCCCAGUAUUGGCCACACAGAGAAGAGAGAGAUGCUGUCUUUGAAGAUACCAAUUUCAAGCUCACUCUUGUGUCAGAAGACAUCAAAUCUUACUACACAGUCCGUCAGCUGGAGCUGGAGAAUCUGUCUACUCAAGAGACUCGUGAGAUUUUACAUUUUCACUACACCACCUGGCCUGACUUUGGGGUGCCAGAGUCUCCUGCCUCCUUCCUUAACUUCCUGUUCAAGGUGCGAGAGUCAGGGUGCCUGAAUUCGGACCAGGGGCCGGUGGUGGUGCACUGCAGCGCUGGCAUCGGCCGCUCUGGCACCUUUUGUCUUGUGGACACCUGUCUCUUAUUGAUGUCCAUCCGUAAGGACCCGUCUUCAGUGCGUAUUCGUGAUGUGCUGCUGGAGAUGCGACGCUAUCGAAUGGGCUUGAUUCAGACAGCAGAUCAGCUUCGCUUCUCCUACCUUGCUGUAAAUGAAGGUGCCAGGUACAUCAAGGGAGAUACAUCUCUGCAGGAGUCAUGGAAGGAGCUCUCGAACGAGGAGGAUGAUCCUCCGGAGUUCACGCCUCCUCCUCCUCUUCCUCCUCCCAGAGACCCUCUCAACGGCAAAGUUGAGCCAUCGUUCUUCCCUGAAAAUGAUGAGACCAUCCGACGCAUGGAGUCCUGGAGUCUGGGGUCCUCACAAGAUUCGGAGCUGCGAAAGAGGAACAUCGCCGCCUCCCAGCCUCCUCCUGAUGGUGGUGAUCUGCUCGACGGCCACGUGGGAACCCAAGAUCUUACCUCCAAAGCUCCAACCAAAUCCCAGCAGCAGCACGAGGCCAAGGAGCAGGAGCCAGCCGAGGCAGCAGAGCCGCUGAAGGAAGGCUCCCCCGUGCCGGGGACUUGGUCCCCUCUUCUAGCCAACGUGUGCCUGUGCACGGCGCUGGCUCUCAGUGCUUAUGUCUGUUAUCGAGCCUAUUUCCACUGAUGUCUGUCUUUCCUCCUCCUUUUCGUUUCCUCCCUGUCUCUCCACUGAUGUUGCAAAGUGGACUACGCUGGCCAGUCAGCCUGCUUUGACUCUGGGUUUACUCUGCGAGUGAGUGGAUUGUUUGGACUUCAGCAGAUUCAGGUUCACUCGUUUCAUUUUACAAAUGCAGUGUGAGGGGUUGGCUGGUUGGGAAUAACUCCUGCCUGUCCUUAUCACCCACCCAAACAUUCUUUCAUCAUGUCAUCUUGGAUGCUCAGGGCCUCAGUUUUUCAGGUGUCACAUCCCAAAUACGUGUGCCGACUUAAACACAGACUCAACAGUAUAAUAAUACAUAUCGUGGUCAGUAGGGGAGAAGGGUUUGUUUUAGCUCCCCUGUUCCAUGAACCAGGAUGAAUGGCCUGUCAGCCCAUUUUACACGUCUCCUCUCUUAUUUACCAAAUGACACUUGUAUGAGUUCUUCCAUUUCAUCUCUUGCUAAUGUGUCCGUUGUAAUUUCACAUUUUCUUUCUUUUGCUCACACAAACAUCCAGAUCUUUGACCAGCCUGUCUGAAAAUAUGCCAGUAAGGGAGACAGUUUUGUUUUGUUUUUUUUUUUGUUUUUUUAAUUUGUGCUUUUAUUUUGGGUCAAUAUUAAACCCAACAGCAAGGUGACGUAUGUGAAAGUAAGAGGGCAGGAAUCCUGUGCCCUCUAGAUAAGAGCUGCAUGCUGGGGGUGGGCACUGAAUUGUUAUCUGUCCUCACUGGUGGCCUGUGUAGGACUGCAGAAGGCAUGCUGGUUGAGUCCAUACAGUAUGUGUGUUUGUGCGUGUUUGUGUACGUAUAUUUGUGCGAGUGGUAGUUAUUGGAGCUUUCUACUGAUGCUUGAGUUAAAUCUACUCAGUGAGGAAUAUUAAUAUAACAUUUACAGUACGUUAAAUGUGAGAUGUGUGGACUAGGUUGCCUCCGGGUGACUGAUUCCCCCCUGUGUUUCCUCUCCCUGGGAGCUCAACAGUGAUACAGAAAAGUCUUUUUUAAAAACAAAAUGGCGCAGGAACAGGGUGAUAUGUGACUCUUUCCAUUUGUCUAGCAUUCUCAAAUUGACAAUGAGGUAAUAUUGGGAUUGGGAUCAGGUUGUAACACCUGGCUUUUGUUUGUUUGGGAGAACAACUUUUUAGUCACAGUGGAUAAAAACGUGUGGAGGCUUUUCAUGCCAACAGGAUGUGUAAUAUUACCUGAAAGCAGCUGAUACAUGUUGUAAAGUAACUGAAUGUGUGUUCAGUCAGUGGAGCUGCGCCAGCUUAAGGAACGGAGACACAACGUAGAUAGCAUCAACUCUUUUUCUCCAGCAAUACAAAUUCUUAAUAAUGUGUCACCCUUUAACAAACUCUUUGAGUUUUACAGGUAACCAAGGAUUUUGAACAAACCAAAAACCAAACACCAGCACAGGGACGAAAACAAUACACUGUAGUAGUGAUCCGUUGUAUCAUGGCGUGGCCCUGAGCUGGCAAUGUUUUUUUUUGUAUGAUUGUUUUUUUUUUUUUUUUUUUUUUUUAGCAUGCUGCAUUUGUGAAUCAACAGGUUUAUCCUAAAAAGAGAUUAGUUAAGCUGCUAGCGUUCAGUUUACCUUUGUGACUCGACAAAGUUCAGUACUUGAGUCCGACAGCUGUACCUUCCUGUAGAAUGUAUUAAUGUCCUGUACAAGGACUCACCCAUAUUAGAUAUAUAUUCUUUUUUUUUUUCAAAUCAGGUUUCAGUGUGCUGAGUUUUUUUUUCUGCUUCAGUGAGGGAUUAAAUCUCAGCACCUGUGCAGACAUUGCACCAGGUUUUCCUGUUUUUCUAUACUUAUGCUGAGCUCGAAAACAUGUAUUUUUUUAUUUACAUUUGUUGUUUUCCUUUUUAAAUAAAAAAAGGUCUACUGUU